GGAAACUGCCGAGCUUUCCCGAAGGCGGCUGCGUCCGAGUUGCCCGGAUGUAGUUGGUGGAGCGGCGGCGGCUGUAGCAGCGGCAGGAGGCGGCGAGAAGGACCCGGCGGCGGCGGAGCAGGAGGAGGGAAGGUGCUGGAGGCGUUCGCUCUCCGCGGGGACCGGAACACGGCCUCUCACCCCCUCCCCCCGGCUCGCGCUGCCGCCCCGUAGUUGGCACCUCUGCCCCAGCCGGCCCUAAGCGGUGGUGACGGAGGGAGAUGGCCCGGGACCGCCGGCGCCAGUAACGGGGAGGUGCCGCGAGCCGCCGAGGGUGCGCUGAGACCUGGUGCCGGGGCUGCCCGCCGCCCGCCCGCCGCCCGCGCGCCCGCCCGCCUGCCUCGCGGCCGCUCUCCCCCUCCCCGACACACACACACAGCCGGGCAUUGAUGGUAAUGUAUGCGAGGAAACAGCAGAGACUCAGUGAUGGCUGUCACGACCGGAGAGGGGACUCUCAGCCUUUCCAGGCACUUAAGUAUUCUUCAAAGAGUCACCCCAGUAGUGGUGAUCACAGACAUGAAAAGAUGCGAGACGCCGCAGAUCCUUCACCACCAAACAAAAUGUUGCGGAGAUCUAAUAGUCCUGAAAACAAAUACAGUGACAGCACAGGUCACAACAAGGCCAAAAACGUGCACACUCAGAGAGUUAGAGAAAGGGACGGUGGGACCAGUUACUCUCCACAAGAAAACUCACACAACCACAGUGCACUUCAUAGUUCAAAUUCACAUUCUUCUAAUCCAAGCAAUAAUCCAAGCAAAACUUCAGAUGCACCUUAUGAUUCUGCAGAUGAUUGGUCUGAGCACAUUAGCUCAUCUGGAAAAAAGUACUACUACAAUUGUCGCACAGAAGUUUCACAGUGGGAGAAACCAAAAGAGUGGCUUGAAAGAGAACAGAGACAAAAAGAAGCAAAUAAGCUGGCAGUUAAUAGUUUCCCAAAAGACAGGGAUUACAGAAGAGAGGUGAUGCAAGCAACAGCCACUAGUGGGUUCACCAGUGGAAUGGAAGACAAGCAUUCCAGCGAUGCCAGUAGUUUGCUCCCACAGAAUAUUUUGUCUCAAACAAGCAGACACAAUGACAAAGACUACAGACUGCCAAGAGCAGAGACUCACAGUAGCUCUACGCCAGUACAGCACCCCAUCAAACCAGUGGUUCAUCCAACCGCUACCCCAAGCACUGUUCCUUCUAGUCCAUUUACGCUUCAGUCUGAUCACCAGCCAAAGAAAUCAUUUGAUGCUAAUGGAGCAUCUACUUUAUCCAAACUGCCUACACCCACAGCUUCUCUCCCUGCACAGAAAACAGAGAGAAAAGAAUCUGCUCCAGGAGACAAAUCAAUAUCACAUUCUUGCACAACUCCUUCCACAUCUUCAGCCUCUGGCCUGAACCCUACAUCUGCGCCUCCGACAUCUGCUUCAGCAGUACCUGUUUCUCCCGUUCCACAAUCAACAAUACCUCCAUUACUUCAGGACCCAAAUCUUUUUAGACAGUUGCUUCCUGCUUUGCAAGCCACGCUACAGCUUAAUAAUUCUAAUGUGGACAUAUCCAAAAUAAAUGAAGCAGCUGUAACACAAGCUUCCCUGCAGUCUAUCAUCCACAAGUUUCUUACUGCUGGACCAUCUGCUUUCAACAUCACCUCACUGAUUUCUCAAGCUGCCCAGCUUUCUACACAAGCCCAGCCAUCUAAUCAGUCUCCAAUGUCUCUGACAUCUGAUGCUUCAUCCCCAAGAUCCUAUGUGUCUCCAAGAAUAAGCACACCUCAAACUAAUACAGUCCCUAUGAAACCUUUGAUUAGUACUCCACCUGUUUCAUCCCAGCCAAAGGUUAGUACUCCAGUAGUUAAGCAAGGACCAGUGUCACAUUCGGCUACACAGCAGCCUGUAACUGCUGACAAGCAGCAGAGCCAUGAUCCUGUUUCUCCUCGAAGUCUUCAGCGCUUAAGUAGCCAGAGAAGUCCAUCACCUGGUCCAAAUCAUACUUGUAGUAGUAAUGCAUCAACUGCAACUGUUGUACCACAGAAUGCAUCUGCUAGACCUGCGUGCUCAUUAACACCUACUCUAGCAGCGCACUUCAAUGAUAAUCUCAUAAAGCAUGUUCAAGGGUGGCCUGCAGACCACGCAGAGAAACAGGCAUCAAGAUUGCGUGAAGAAGCCCAUAAUAUGGGAAGUGUACAUAUGUCAGAAAUAUGUACUGAGUUAAAAAAUUUGAGAUCAUUAGUUCGAGUAUGUGAAAUUCAAGCAACUUUGCGAGAGCAGAGGAUACUAUUUUUGAGACAACAAAUUAAGGAACUCGAAAAGCUGAAAAAUCAGAAUUCCUUCAUGGUUUGAAGAUGUGAAUAAUUGCACAUGAUCUCUUAGAGGAACUGUAAAUCUAUUGCCCAGUCAUAACAUUUUGAGCUGCAUUUAAGUAGACUAUGGACCGUUAAGCUGGGCAAAUGAAAUGACAAGGGGACGGGGUCUGUGAGAGUCAAUUCAGGGGAAAGAUACAAGAUUGAUUUGUAAAACCCUUGAAAUGUAGAUUUCUUGUAGAUGUAUCUUCACGUUGUAAAUAUGUUUUGUAGAGUGAAGCCAUGGGAAGCCAUGUGUAACAGAGCUUAGACAUCUGAAACUAAUCAAUGCUGAGGUGGCUAAAUACCUAGCCUUUUACAUGGAAACCUGUCUGCAAAAUUAGCUUUUUUUAAAAAAAGAAAAAGAAAAAAUUGGGGGGGGGGGUUAAUUUAUCAUUUAGAAAUCUUGCAUUUUCAAAAAUCCAGUGCAAGCGCCAGGUGAUCUGUGUCUGAGGAUACGAUUUUGAACCUUAUGAGCAGUGUACAAAUAUCAUGAGACAACUGAUCAGCACUUGCACCUGAUCAAGAGCAGUGCUGCUCCAUUUGUUUUGCAAAGAUAUGUUUUCAUUUCCUGUAUGUUCCAUUCCCUCUGAAGUCCCUUGGCCUGAUUUUAUCCAUUUUUUUUUUUUUUUUAAGGUGCCCCCUUUCCUUUCUUGGGGCACUGUUGCUGUGGCACUUUUCUAUAACCUUGUCAUUCCUAUGUACAGUAGCUGGAAGUCGCAGUGAGCAAGCAUAACCCACGUUUGUAUAAAUUAUUGAAAUCCAUUUUCACCUAAGAAUGGACUUAAGAAGUACUGCUGGGCAAGUGUGCUGAAAGUACAUUAACUGCUCAAAUACAAGGAAGUGGCCCAAUGAACAUGGUUGUGGGAGGGGAAAGGAGAAACAAAGCUAGUCAGAUGUGAAUUGUAUCUGUUGUAAUAAACAUGUUUAAACAAACACAUUUUGUUACUUUUUUUCCCUUCGGCCGGUACAUAUUAGAAUUUGAACUACAUGAGGAUUCUUUAUCAAAACUAUUCUUGUUGAAUAUUUAUAUCUUAUUACAAGUAAUAAUUCCUUAUAGGGAGGUUUUGUUUAAAGUACAUUAACAUAAUUGUGUAAAGGAUAUUUAAUGAAAGUGAAAUUGAACAAGAAUGAAGAAGCACUUCCUCAGUGGCAUCACUUGUUCAGCUUGGUUCAGCUGUCUUGCUGCUCUGACACUUCAUUUUGAAGGAUGUCUGUGCUGUACUCAACUUUUCAAGUCUGGUGCUGACUGUUGUUCCUAACAUCACAAAACAGUUUGUGUCAUUGAGUUACUUGCUGUACCCAGAAACAUGGGACAUCUCAGCUUUGUAUAGUGUUUCCUAAAGUAUAUUAAAAUAAAAAAAGAAACGAUUGCUACUAUAAAGCUACCUUGGCUUUUUUUUUUUUAACCCGUUUGCUUAAAAAUUUUAGUCAACAUGACCUUAACAUGACACUUCCAGCAUUGUACUAAAUCCUGUUUUUGUAUGUAUCAAAAUUGUAACAUCUGACUUAAGAAUUGCAUUGUUGGGGCAGAUGUUUUCUUCUAGAUCUACAAUCACCAAGAGAUGAUUUUUAUUUUACAUCAGAAUCAAUGUUAACUUUCUGAAACACUGAAAUCAAAACUUUCUUUGCUUUGACUUUAUUUAAUUAUACUUAAGCUACAGAAGGUAACAUUAAGACUUCUGUAAGUUUAAUAAAUCUGAAAAGAUAGUAUUGGUGUUUGCUGAAGCACAGGCUUAUAGGGAGUUGACUUCCCCUUGUUACUCUCAAGUGCUUUUAAACAUUAAGAAAAGACAAAUGUCAAGAGUUAUGACAAAAGGUUCAAGCCUGUGCAGUCAUUGCCAUUUGCUGAACUGUUCCUAUAUGUGUUAAUGGUGUCUUGAAGAGCUAGGUCAAGCGAAAUCCUCUACACUGUCUUAAUGGGGCAAAGGGCUACAGGUUUGUACUGUAAGAAGACACCAUUUCCUGGUCAUGAGAAGCUGACUUGUGAGUUGCAUAAGUUAUUUCUGUUGUCAGCACACCAUCUAUGUCGCUCCCUGUUUGUUUUAAUGCUUAUAGCCCUAAGUGGAUUAGUUACAUAUUUUAGAAAAAAUGCUUAAUUUGAUAUUUUUUGAAGUAUUUUGUAAUAUUUGAUCCAAUUGCAUUUUUGUAGUAAAACGUUAAACAUUGCCCUUUAUCCGCAUGUGUCUGGCUCCUCACCUCCUGAAGUGACUGAGGCAUAUCUGUUAGAGCAGGCUCAGUAUCCUGGGUUAUCUUUAGGUGCCAUGAAUCUGAACAGGUAACCAAGUUUAAGGAAUUUGAAAAUAGAAAUUCUGCAUAGUUCAAGAAAACCUUUCUCUCCCUCCUGCCUAUUUACAAAGUAUUUAAACUUUAACUGCUCUUACCCACAGGGUUGUGAUAAAUCUGUUAGAAAAAUCUUCCCCAAAGAACCAGCAUGGGUCCUUUUCUUGUUCUAUUUAGUCUUAAGUUAGCUUUAAAGCUUGGGACUGUAAAUUAAAGAAAAAAAAAUAGAAAAUACUCUACUCAAACUUUUAAAAAAAAAAUAAGAUUUUUGCUCCCUAAAUAGAUGGCAUUAUGUUUAUUUCAUGCUUGUAAAAUAAUCUUAUGGAGGAAGUGUUUAAAACAAGCAAAUGAGAUUGCUUUUCCUAUUUUGUAUUCUGUAUAAAUACCGUAGCUCUAAGGGAAUUCUUCAAAGAAGAAGAACAUGCAGGAAAGACCAUUUACUCACCUACCAGAGCCUUGAAGUUCCUGCUUCAAGCUACUGUGUUUAGGUGCUGAGUUUAAAUAUCCAGAGUUCUUUUCAAUACCUGUAAACACUGCUUUUAUUCUUGUAUUUGUACAUAAGUGUGCAAAAGGAUACGAAAAAGUAAUAAAAAAUGUUUUGACUCUA